CCCCGCCUUCGAAAUGCAAAUGUUUUUUAUUUUCGAAAACCAUAACACACAUUAGAUAAUAAGCAUAAACGAACGAUCGAAAAUAUGUUCUUAGCGAUAUUUACUUUCUUAUACAGUAGUAUAUAUUAUUUAAUAACAUUUUUAUUCACAUUUAUAUCGACAUUACAAGCAGUUCUGCCGCUUGGAGUGGAUGUGGGCUUGUUAGGAGUUGCUGUUUAUUAUUUGACGAGAUUAAAGAAACCAGAGCAGUGCAAUGUUGAUAGUAUAUUCGGUCCGGAGCCCGGAUCGAAGGAAGGGAUGAUGCAUCCUGAGAAAGUGGUCAAAUGCAUCGCUCAUAGAGGCGCUUGUUUUGAUGCGCCGGAGAAUACUUUGGAAGCGUUUAAAUAUUGUGUUGAGAGAGAUUGUAAUUUUGUGGAAUUGGAUGUGAGGACCUCUAGGGAUGGUCACUUAGUGCUCUUACAUGAUAAAGGUCUGGAACGGCUGACGGGUGGUACCAUAACGGAUGUCAAGUCUAUGGACUGGGAUAGCAUAAAAAAUAUAGAUGUGGGUGCUACACACCCAAACAGACAUCAGUUCAAAGAAGUCCACCUGUGUCGUCUCGACGAUGCUCUGGACUAUCUCCUUUCAAACGACGUUAGAAUGAUAAUUGAUGUAAAAGGAGAAGACAAACAGGUUGUAAAUGGUAUCAUAGAUACAUUUGCAUCACGACCAACGCUGUACAAGUUCGCCGCUGUAACAACGUUCAAUCCAUUCAUAUUGUAUCAGAUACGUAAAAGGGACCCGCAGAUAGUCGGCGCUAUCAGCUACCGUCCUUAUUGCUUCAGCGCGCAGGAUUAUGACGCUGAGAACGGUCCAAGUAACCCGAGGUUUGGUGACCGGCUGGUGCUGCACGCGGCGCUGCGAGCGGCUGAUGCGCUGCAUGCGCUGACGUGGCGCCGCGCCGCGCGCUGGUCCGCCGCCAGCGCCGUGCUGCUGCACAAGGACGCCGUCAGCCCAAGCGAAGUGUUGUAUUGGCGAACGUUGGGUAUCCGCUGUGUGGGUUGGUGCGUUAACAGGCCCCUGGAGAAGCUCUACUGGAGAGGGGUUCUGAAGGCCGCCUACCUCUCCAACACGCUGCUGGGCGAGCCCGAGGUCGAACAAAAGAAAGAGCGAGACAAAAGAUCGGGUCUCUCUCUCCGUCCGGGACCGAUAGUUGAUAAAAUAUUAGAAACGGAAAAACGCAUGACGUCAGGGCAGAAUUAGACUUAAAAUUAAAAAAAAAAAAUGUAGUGUUCGUGUCUUUUCUGUAACAGACUACACAAUAUGUCGCUUCGUUUAUUUAUUUAUUUAAUAUAAUAUAUUUUUAUUUAUUAAAAUAUUUUUAUCGCAUAGUGAAAAGUACAAACGAAAUUCAACCAAAUAACAAUAGUGUUAAGGUUCGUUUUAAAUUUAGGCGUUUAUUUUCAAAGUUAUACAUAAUAGUACAUAAUAUAUCUUUCUUUCGUUUAUCAUUUAAUCUACGCUGAAAAAUGAAAAAGUCUUGUUUAUAGUAUGAGGAUUGUAUUUAUUUGGUUUAGUAACAUUUGAUCCUCGACGAAAUAAAGACGAUAUUGCGAUUUGUGGUGUUACCAUCCGUCGAUAGAAAUGCCAACUCCGAGAUGAUAGUACACUUUAGCUCGCUAAAAACAGCUGGUAACUAGUAUUGCCUGCGGUUUCGCCUGCGUGUUUUAUUGGAUAAAGAAAAGUAGCUUAUGUCCAUCCUCGGGGUCUAAGCUUGCUCAAUACCAAAUUUUAUCAAAAUCGGUUCAGUGGUUUAGCUGUGAAAGCGUGACACACAGACAAGAGUUUCUUUCGUAUUUAUAAGACUAGUAUAGAUGUAGAAAGAACGGCAAUGCAUUUUCUCAGAUCGAUCUGAUGAAAUGAAACGACACGGACGAGCGUUAUUAAUUCCGGUUUUUUUUUUUUUUUACAUUCCAUGUUUGGGUUAAUAUACCGGAAUCCAGAUUAUGAAUUCAGUGAUGUAGUCCGGCCGUGCAAGGCCAGCCCUAGGGUAACAUACGCACAGUGCAGUUACAAGAAAACAACACGUUUAAAGUUUAAAUGUAGCGUCAGUAGACUAUUUCCAAGGGAGAAGGGGCAGACGAAAGUCAAAAUAUAAAUUUCUUAUCAAGAGCCUUUUUAUUAAAGCAAUGUUUAUUAGAUAAUUAAAUGCGCGUACGAACUUGUUAUGUUCGUAUUUACUACUGGCGAUGGUAGUCGGUCAGUAACUCUGUGUAAGCCUCGUUCUCCCGCGCAUCGCGUCUUCCGUUGGAAGCGUAAAAGUUCGUUCAACUUCGGCAUUUGUUACAAACUUAAUAGCCCCGCUUUAUUUUGGGUGAAGUCGUAGACUUAGCUGAUGUGGCUGAAGCCUAUUGGUCAGUUCUUGAUAACACUUGUAUAACGCGUUUUAAAGUACAACUAGCGCCGUCUAUUGACACGUUAACGAAGUAUUCGUUGUUGCAAUAUGUAAUAAUUAUUUGACAAUUAAUACAAAAAAAAUGGUGUAAAAAAUGUUCUUCGUAGGUCGAGGAGCGACGUGACGCUAUUAAAGAAAUCGAGAAAGAGACGGAAUAAUGAUUAAGAGAUAUUUCUAGAACUUUCUACGCUGUGACGGAGAAGAAUUUUAAUUAAAAGAAGAUUGUAUUGUUAACUAUAUAAGGGAUAAAACGCCUGAAUUUAAUAUAUUUACCAUUUUUAAUCUGUUUUUUUUUUUUAAUUAUUAUUUUUGGCGACAAAAUUCGUGGCCAGCGUGCCUAGUGCGUUAGUUAGCAAAGUUUUUCUUACUUAUUCGAUAGCGUUGACGUUAUCUGCGAUUUGAUUGAAAUUAAAACAGCGCCAUCUAGUGACAAUAGUCUGAAUUCACAAUAAGUCGCCGUCCCAUCCGCCCGCUGUGUUUAGCUAGGGCUCCUGUUAUAAAAUUUAUAUGAGUUUUCAGUUAUGUUUACAAACUCGAAGUUUUAUCGAAAUCGGAUCGGUUGUUUUUGUGUAAUGCUUUUUAUUUAUUUUAAUAUUUUGAACCAUUUUAUUUAUCUGUUAACAGUUUAUAAAACAAUGCUAUCGAAAGUGGCUUAUGUUUCUUAACGAAGUCCUACUUCAAUCGUUGUAAUAUCCACAAUAACCAAUCGCUUCUGAGUUACGAGUAACGAGCCGUAUCGUUCCAUUACGUCAUAUACAAUCGACUUCGAAUCACCCCGUAAGUAAAACGAAUUGUUUUCAUAUAGUUACGGGAUGUGAAUAGAAAAUGUUUUGAUUUAAAUUAAAAAAAAAAAAAAAAAUUGGCGUGCGUUCCAAGGUGUUCACGAGAA